AUGCCUCGCGUAUGCAUGUGCGUUCUCCCCUUUCCCUCCCAAUACCAGCCCCAGUUCCACAAGCGCCCCUCUCAAGAAGGUAAACGCCCAGCAGCAGCCAAUUGCAGCGCGACACCUGGCAGUGGUGCCGCUGCCGCCGACACCAUCGCCAGUGGCCCGUUCUGUCUUGUUCCGAUGCCCACGCUGGAGCUGGCCAAUCAGGUGGUGGAGGAGGGUUCGGAGGGGGGGGUGAGUGCUGUGGGGGAAGUGGUGACUGCUGCGGGGGAAGGGGGGGUGACUGCUGUGGUGGAAGGGGUGACUGCUGUGGGGGAAGUGGUGACUGCUGUGGGGGAAGUGGUGACUAUGGGGGAAGGGGGGGUGAGUGCUGUGGGGGAAGUGGUGACUGCUGUGGGGGAAGUGGUGACUGCUGUGGGGGAAGUGGGGGGGGUGAGUGCUGUGGGGGAAGUGGUGACUGCUGCGGGGGAAGGGGGGGUGACUGCUGUGGUGGAAGGGGUGACUGCUGUGGGGGAAGUGGUGACUGCUGUGGGGGAAGUGGUGACUGCUGUGGGGGAAGGGGGGGUGAGUGCUGUGGGGGAAGUGGUGACUGCUGUGGGGGAAGUGGUGACUGCUGUGGGGGAAGUGGUGAGUGCUGUGGGGGAGGUGGUUACUGCUGUGGGGGAAGGGGGGUUGAGUGCUGUGGGGGAAGUGGUGACUGCUGCGGGGGAAGGGGGGGGUGAGUGCUGUGGGGGAAGUGGUGACUGCUGCGGGGGAAGGGGGGGUGACUGCUGUGGUGGAAGGGGUGACUGCUGUGGGGGAAGGGGUGACUGCUGUGGGGGUAGUGGCCUAUUUUUGCUUCACCGUCGGUCCUACCAGUCCGCUGUGUGGCCUGCUCUGCUCUGGUCCGCUUGUCUGGCCCACAGGGACAGGAAUUUGGCGACGACCAGGAACUUGGACCACAUUCUCUGCUGCUCGCUUGCUCGGGCGUCGCUGUGCCGCAUAUAUACUAGCACCUGA